AUGAUUGGCAAUAAUUUAGCAGAACACUUGAAAUGGGUGGAGUUGAACAAGCCCCAGAUACCCAAUGGGAAGAUCAUUAACAUAUUGGCAAGACAUGGCUCUGAUCUGAGUAUGAAUAAUGGGAUCAGGGGAUUAAAUGGACCAGGAAUUCGAAGUACGGGUCAGAUAGGUCAGACAAAUCAGUCGAUAGGCUCGCAGCAGUCUAUUCCACGAUCUGGUGCUACUAGCGCCCCGAUCAACAUACGACCGCCAUCGGAUCAGCCGUUGCAGCAGUCUACGCAAACAGCAAAUAAUAUAGGGGCUCUAUCGGUACCGGAGACUGGGCUGGUAGCCAGUAGAAGUCGAAUUAGUAGCGUAUCUGGUACUGAUUGUGCGACCAGUACUGCUAAGCAUACAAACAUGCAAUCAGAGAGUAACAACAAUAACACGAUUAAUAGCAAUAGGACUACAAAUAUUAAUAAUCCCAAGGAAGAGGACGACGAAGAUGUGAUAGAUCUCACGAUGGAGACGCCUCGAAAUCAGAAGAAGCAAAAAUUGAAUCCUGAUAGUCAGACACUGCUUCAACAGGCAUACAUACGGAUCUGUGAGCAAAAGAUAGCUUUGUUGAUGGAGCGGUACACAACGAUUGAAUCGACUGCUAUUUCACUUGAUGAUAAAAAAAACUACCUAAACAAGACGUUUGGGCCAAAAUUCAAGCAAAUCAAUGGGAGCCAAUCUAGAUUGAGGGAAAAAUUACUGUUUUUGACGGAUGAUUUGCAGCAUGAUGAUACACCAAGUCUCAAUGAACUUAAUGAAUUCCCUAACUUUGAUUCGGACAAAAUUUCUGAUUCGCCAAAAAACUUAAACACGAUAGAUAAAAUUGACUUUUGCUCUCAGUUCUCUGAGAUUAAUCAAACUAAUAUUGCAAGAGCUAUAAGUACUCGGGAAAAUUUAGAAUCUACUAAUUCAAACUCGCAAAAGCCCUCUUCUGUGACUAAUGAAGAAAAUGAAGUUCAUUUAGUGGAUGAAGCUUCAUCGCCAUCGAGAUAUGCUGACAAUUUGAACGAGGCAAGAGAACUUGUUAUGCAAUCUAAUUUGAGGAACAAGCUGAAUGCUCCAAAAAUCAUUUAUAAUAGCGAGAGUGAAGAUGAUGAGGACAACUUUGGAGAUAAUACCAUGGAUGGCUUACGAACCCCAAGUCAAGAUAGAAAUGAUGAGUAUGACCUAGGCAGUUUUAUUGAAUUUGAACAACAAAAUUUGGAUAAUGAAUCCGUUGACGAGUCAUAUAUCGAAUCUCAAAGAAACAAGCAUGAAUCGGAUCACUCUGAUAACUAUACCGAACUUGGUAGUGAUAAUGAGAUGGACAACAUUAGACUAAGUCCUGAUGUGGCGGAGAAUUUUGGUAUCAAAUACAAUGAUCUACCUAAUUCGGAAAUUGAUCUUAUCUCAAACAUCGAUAAUAAUAAUGAUAUAAAUGAUGACAAUGGUAAUGAUGAUGACAUCGAAGAAAUAGAAGAUUUUACAACUCAAUUAAAUCAAGAAAGAGAAUUGAAUAAUACCGAAGAUAUAAUCGAAAUAAGUUCUGAUGAUGAAGGUGUUGUUGCGAACUAUGAUAUGUUCGUUAAGCCGUCAUCAACAAGUAAAAACACCCUAAUGGAAACGAAACCAAACCCGCUUAUCAUUUCUAAGUCUCCGCUUACAGAAAAUAAUUUAGCGAUGAAUGUACCUUCUCAACAUUUGGAUAGUGAUAUUGAUUUUAGCGAUGAUGAAGAUGAACUAAUCAAUAUUUUAAAUAACCAUAAACCCAAUAAAGAAAAUAUUCCUCCCAAUUCAGAAGCAUUCAUAAAAGAGGUUUACAGUAAAUUAAAUUCAGUCUUCAAACUUUCAAAUUUUAGACCCAAUCAGUUACACGCUAUAAGUUCAACUUUGAAUGGAAAAGAUGUGUUUGUUCUUAUGCCAACCGGUGGAGGUAAAUCAUUAUGCUAUCAAUUGCCAGCAUUAGUAAAAUCAGGUAAGACUCGGGGAACCACUAUAGUAGUAUCUCCGCUAAUUUCUUUAAUGCAAGAUCAAGUUCAGCAUCUAUUGAACAAAAAUAUCAAGGCGGGAAUGGUUAGUUCAAAAGGUUCCGCAUCAGAACGGAAAUUAACGCUUGAUUCAUUCAGAAAUGGUCAAUUAGAUUUGGUUUACUUAUCUCCCGAAAUGAUUAAUGCAUCGCAGCAUAUUCAGAGAAUUAUAACAAAAUUAUAUGACAUGAAAAAGUUAGCCAGAGUUGUCGUUGAUGAAGCCCAUUGUGUUAGUUCUUGGGGCCAUGACUUUAGACCAGAUUACAAAGGCAUGAAUUACUUUAAGCACAAUUACCCUAAAGUUCCUGUUAUGGCAUUAACGGCAACUGCAAAUGAAAAAGUUAGAAUGGAUAUUAUUCACCAUCUAAAAAUGGAUAAUCCAAUACUAUUGAAGCAAAGUUUCAAUAGAUUAAACUUGUUUUAUGAAAUUAAAUGGAAGACAUCAAAUACUCUAGAGUGGAUAAAAAAUUAUAUCUUAACUAAACAAGUUAAUAGAACUGGUAUCAUAUAUUGUCAUUCGAAACAGUCCUGCGAGCAUACAUCUGAAAAACUAAAUGAAUGGGGAGUAAACGCAUCGUAUUAUCAUGCGGGGCUUUCGCCUACCGACAGGUUUGAAAUUCAAAACAAAUGGCAGCAAAAUAAACUUCAAAUUAUAUGCGCAACCAUUGCUUUUGGAAUGGGUAUUGAUAAGCCUGAUGUUCGAUAUGUUAUCCACUUGUUCAUACCUAGAACUCUUGAAGGAUAUUAUCAAGAGACAGGGAGAGCUGGUAGAGAUGGAGCCUAUUCUGAAUGUAUAAUGUUUUAUUCCUAUAAGGAUGCCCGGUCGUUACAGAAUAUGAUUCAGAGAGACGAGGAAUUGGAUCGAGAAGGUAAAGAAAACCAUUUAGCCAAGUUGAGGCAGGUCGUUCAGUACUGUGAAAACACUACAGAUUGCCGCCGGAAACAAGUUUUGCAUUAUUUUAAUGAGCAAUUUAACCCAAUAACAUGUAAUAAGAAGUGUGACAAUUGUAUCAAUUCAAGUAAUAUCACCAUCGUUGAAAAGGAUGUUACUGGAUACGCUAAAGACAUAUUAAAAUUAGUCAAAUCGAUUCAGGAUGAUAGGGUCACCGUUUUGCACUGCCAGGAUGUAUUCAAAGGUUCAAACAAUAGCAAGAUUAUGAAAUUUGGUCAUAACUUAAAUCCGUAUCAUGGUAAAGGUAGAGCGCUUGAUAAGACUGAUGUUGAAAGGAUAUUUUUCUAUUUAUUGAGUGAAGGAUGUCUUUGCGAAUACCAAAUUAUGAAAGGUGGGUUUGCCUCAAAUUAUGUUAAACUUGAUAAACAGGCAGAAUCUGUAUUAAAUGAUAGAAAAUUUAUUAAGAUAAAUUUCAGCUCUGAAAGUAAACAAAGAUCUACAGGAAACGCUGCUGCCGGUGGAAGUGUGAAUCCCACAAAUGACUACCAGUUCCAAUCAUUUGUCAGUGCAUCACGUAUUCAAAUCCCUUCUGCAACUAACAUUGGAACUGCUGGAGUACAAAACAGCGACCAUAUUAAGCAUUCGUGUAAUGAAUUGAAUAAUAUGAGAAUGCAGAUAAUGGUCGAUCUGAGCUUGAGUUCGGCAGAAAAUGUUAUCAGCGAUGAUGCAUUGAAGGACAUGGCUCAUAAAUUACCCACGAACAAGCGUGAUUUUGGAAAAUUGGCUAGUAUUACUAAAGACCAGUUGAACUACUUCCCGCAGUUCAAAAAGCUACUAGGUAGCUUGUCGAAAGAACGCAAAAAUCAAGUGCCGGAAUCGAUCUCAUCCAGUACAACAUCUCCUUACUUUGAUAAUCAACCAGACUCUAAUGAUCCUAGCACGUGGAGAAGCACAUACUCGCAAACUGAAAACUCAACUGCAUACGUGAAUAUCAAAAAUAAAUAUAGCAGAGGUAACAGAAGGUCCAGUCAGUCAAGCCAACGAGGUUACAAAAGCCAAAGAGGUCGCAAUCAGAAGACUCAGCGGAGUCAACGGAGCCAGCGUGUUUCCAAACCUAGAUCAACCCAAAAGAACACCCCGAGAGGGAUGCCUUUGUGA